UUGCCUAUAUUUGCCAAUGGAUCGGCUUCAGAUCCUGAUCAUCGUCAAGAGGAAAAGGAUGGUGCGCCCAUUUUGGGGGGGAUUCACCAGAGGAGCGUCGGAGAGAACAGCGCUGAGAUCGAGGAGCUCGCUCGCUUCGCUGUUGAUGAGCACAACAAGAAGCAGAACGCCCUUUUGGAGUUUUCUCGAGUGUUGAAGGCGAAGGAGCAGGCGGUUGCAGGAAUUAUGCACUAUUUGACCGUGGAGGCCAUUGAAGCUGGGAAGAAGAAGAUCUACGAGGCGAAGAUUUGGGUUAAGCCGUGGCUCGACUUCAAGGAGCUCCAGGAGUUUACCCACACUGGAGACUCCUCUCCCACCAUCACCCCUGCCGAUCUCGGUGCCAAGCGAGGUGGGCAUGAGCGUGGAUGGCGCAUGGUCCCACCCCACGAUCCCACUGUCAAAGAUGCAGCGAAUCACGCUGUGAAGACCAUCCAGCAGAGAUCCAACUCCCUUGCUGCUUACGAACUUCUUGAGAUUCUUCAUUCAAAGGCAGAGGUGAUUGAAGACCUCGUGAAGUUUGACUUGCUUCUCAAACUGAGGAGGGGGAGCAAGGAGGAGAAAUACAAAGUGGAAGUGCACAAAAAUUUGGAAGGGAACUUUCAUUUGAAUCAAAUGCAAGAGGAGAUGUAAA